AUGGUAACAUAUCUAAACUGCAAUGUGCCUGGCUCUGUGGAGGAGCAGCAGGCCUCCACAUGCAUCCCAAGCAGCCCGAGCUGGAGGGAGCCUCUGCCGCCCAACCGGGAUGUAGCACCCGUCCCAUCUGCGCAGCUGGAUGCUGACGCAGGCUUAGGAGGGGACUCUCAUCCAAUUAAUGACUUGGAUGAAGACCAUGAGCUGCCAGUGGCUGAAGACACCAAUGGUGCUCUGCCCUGUGCUGCCGAGCCAGAGCCUGCACACCUGCCAUCUAGCAAGGCAGACAAGCCAGCUGUUAUGCACCCAGAUCCCUGGGACUGUUUUGACGUGGGAGAUUUGCAGAUUUCCUCCAGGGAGCCAGCCUUGAUUUCGAUGAUGGAGUCAGACCAUGAUGAGGAUAUAGCUCAUGUGCUAGAGCGGUUGCCCGACCUGAAGGUGAAGCAGUUGUCCCUCAUGGCAGUGAAGCUGUUCAAAGGGCUGAUCCCUGAACAAUGCUUAACCUAUAUAUAUAUUUACAAACGUGACCACGAGGAGGGUCUGGAGCACCUGGCACCCACUGUGCUGGCCAUCCUGGAGCACUGUGAAAAAUUGCACACCUGUGUGAUCAGCACAUGCCUCGGGGAGCACAGCACAGAGGCAGCAGAGAGGGCCCAGGUGUUGGAGCACUGGAUAGACGUAGCUUUGGACUAUCCCGAGGGCACAGUCCCUUACCUGGGCACCAUCCUCACUCACCUGGCCUCACUGCACAAAGACCAAGAUUCCAAGGAUGAAUACAAAGUGAUUGCACUCAUGAAGGAACUGCAGGGCGCAUGUCAGGAGCUCCAGGUGGUUCCUGACAUGAACUUCAUGUCAUGGUUCAAUAAUGUGAAGCGCCUAAGUGAAUUGGAAAGGUGAGCUGGGGUAGACUGUGAAGGCAACAAACAUGGGGAUCCCCAGUGCCAGCCCCUGAGAGUUUGUACCCUGAGUCAGGCUCCCCCUGAGACCUGCUGAAGG